AGGAUCAGCAUACCCCACCCCAUUACCCUUGUGUGUGCAGCUGAACGGAAGCGGCACCAAUCCUUUUCAGCUCCUUCUGCUCUCUUCAGCUAACAGAUCAGGACAGAGAAAGGACACGCUGGUACUAACAUGGCAACUGUAAAAACUCUGCUUUGGCUGGGACUCUCUCUGUCUGCCUUCGGCAUAACCACUGCAGAUGUGAACUCAGUCCCUAGAGCACAAGACGUCCACUGGGUGUCUCUGGACUUCACCACACAUCUUCGCUGGAGUGUGACGUCCUCUGACUACACAUACACUGUCAGGUUCUCACGUGAAGAUGCUGACUGGGAAGAAAGUCCUAAUUGUAUCCAAAUAUCAGCAUCAGAAUGUGACCUGACUCAGUCCCUCAAGGCCUCGGAUAGGACCUACUUUGCUGAUGUUCAAACAGAAAUCAUGGACAUGGACUAUGAACUCCCUCACACUCAAUCUUCCAGGUUCAAUCCCUAUAGAGAGAGUAACAUCAGUGCUGUGAGUUUCACUGUGGCGCCAUUGGAUGACAGAAGAGUAAUAGUGAACAUCACUGAUCCUUUAACCUCCAUUUAUGAUCGUGGGAAGCAGCUCAGCAUCAGAGACAUUUUCAAAAAAGAUCUUAAUUAUAAGAUCCGCUACUACAAGUCUGGAAGCACAGGAAAGAGAGAUGAGAUAUCAAACUCAAGUAUGAAAGUGAUACCGGGGCUGGAUAAAGGAGAGAGUUACUGCUUCAUGGUGGCAACGUUCAUCAAAUCCAGACCCAAAGCCACUCAGCAGGGAUCCUGGAGCAUGCAGCAGUGCACAGAAAGAUCCCAGGACAUCCUGCAAGAUUUGAGUGUUGGAGCAUGGGUUGGUGUAGGCUUCAUCAUGUUAACAGUCCUCAUCGUCAUCGUCACGGUGACCGUCCUCUGCUGUCGCCAGAGAAACAAAACUCUGCAAAUGUCUCAGUCAUCAGCACCAGUGUAAAGUGCUUGGGUUAAGUUUGCUCUCUGAAACCAAGUUUACACUGUAUUAUGGGUAUUAUUUCUGUAUUUCAUAUUCAAGUUCUUUAUUUAGUUGACACUGAAAGUGAAAGACUUCAUCAAGAAUUUGGUCUUUCACAUUCACCAGUGUUUGUCCUUUCAGGAAAACAGUAACCAAAACCAGUCUGCUACAGCAAAGUCGUGAUUUGUGUCUAAAUGACUGGAUUAUUAGAAUGUUCAUGCCUGAAGUACGGCAUCAUUUAUUAGCUUGUCUUCUGGCGGAACCUGCGUCCAACCCAUGCGUUUGCAUGGAGCUCAUUGGCUGUAGAGUAAUUUUCAUUAAACAACAUUUCUUUUUCUAAAGUAACUGAAAUAUAUCAUUAAGUCACAAUCACAGUUUAUCUGUAAUCUUCAUUUGUAAAAAAUGUUUAAAUGGUUCAAGAUUAUAGAAAAAGCAAACAGUUUGACAAAUAUUUUGGUAAAUGUGCAGCACAGUGGUGGGGUGGUUAGCACCUGGGUCCUGGGUUUAAAUCCAGCAUCUGGCUGGAGCCUGUCCCUUCACGUCAUGUCUGCGUGGGUUCUCUCUGGGUACUCUGGCUUCCUCCCACAGUUUAAAGACAUGCAGUUAUUGGGGUUAAGUUUGGUGAAUCUAAAUUGCCCAUACGUGUGAAUAGUUGUCUGUCUCUCAUUUCUCCUUGCAAAACCUUACACCUUGGUUAGGCUCUUGCCCACUGUGACCCUGAAAUGGUUAAGUAGAAGAAGAUGGACGAACAGCUGGUAAUUAAAGCUGUGAAGUUCGUUUUGAUGUCAUAUCUGCAUCAGCUUGAUGUGCUGUUUUGUCAGGGGUUACUUAGGAAGACUUUCCAACAUAUUUGUGUGUCUGAGCCAAAUCUUUUGCCUUUUUCUUCUUUUUGACUCAUUAUGUUUCAAAUUUGAAUGUCCAGGUCUUAUAAUUCACCACUGGUGGUUAGUGAACACAAUGGAUUAUUUAGCAGCUAUUUUCUCACGAGUGGGGGGAGACAAAAGGUCCAUGGAUUAUUCUAUUUGUAUAUAAAUAGUGUUAAAUAAAAGCUGAAGAUUACUUUA